CUAGCAAGAACUAUAAUAGACAACAUAUUAUUGACCUUAUGGCUCUUACAGAUAUUACUAAAUCUAAAAAUGAUAAGUAUGGACAAAAAAAUCAUUUUCUUUGGAUUAAAAAUAUAAAUAGACUACUUUUCAAAGAUACUGCUCAUCAUGGUAAAAGAUAUAUUUGUAAAAAAUGUACUAUAAGCUGGCCAUCAGAAAAAUCUUUAGCCUAUCAUCAAAAGCACUGUUUCAGUUUAGAAGAAGCAACCCAAAGAGUUAAAUUAUCUAUCAAAGAUGAUAAUGACUUUGAGAAGUUUAAGAACUAUGGACGAAUGAUCAAUGCUCUAUGUCUUGCUGAACAAAAAGCCAAUAGCUUUUGCUACUUGGUUUACUGGAUCGAUACUGGAAAUGUAUGGGGCCCAUUCCUAUAUAGAGGAGAAAAUGCUACUCAGGAAUUUGUCAAAAGAAUUGAUAAGAAAUUAGUUCAAAUUAAUACAAUAUGUAAAAAUAAAUUCGAUAGAAAUAAUAAAGAUAAGGUUUCGGUCCAUUGUCAUAUAACAGUUGUCUUUCAUAAUUUUCGGGGCUAUGACUCUCAUUUAGUCUGUGAAUCUGUUGGGAAAUUUGUUAAUGCUCAUCAGAUAAAAGUUAUAGCUGAAACAUUUGAGCGUUAUAAAUCUAUGAAGGUAGGUCAACUUAAAUAUAUAGAUAGUAUGCAAUUUAUGAAUAAUAGCUUGGCAAAUCUUACGAAAAAUUUGGGCAACAAUUAUUCUAUUACAAGCCAGCACUUUAAAGACUAUUCUUCAGAUCAAAUUUCAUUAGCAAGUCAUAAAGGAGUUUAUCCUUAUGAUUAUAUAGAUUCUCAAGAAAGAUUUAAGGAAACAGAGCUUCUUUCUAUUCAUGAGUUUCAUAGUAUUCUUAAAGGCAAGAUUUCACAAGAUGACUAUCAUCAUGCCCAAAAAGUAUGGAAAACUUUUAGUUGUAAGACUCUAGAAGAGUAUCAUAAUCUCUAUCUUAAGAUUGAUGUACUUAGUCUUGCAGAUAUUUGGACCCAAUUCCGAAUAACAUGUAUGCAGUAUUAUGAGCUUGAUCCUAGUCACUAUGUUUCAGCACCUGCAUUAGCUUGGGAUGCUAUGCUUAAGAUGACAGGUGUUAAAAUAGAGCUCUUUACAGAUAUGUCUAUGUAUGAUUUUAAAGAAGAUGCUAAGCGUAAGACAUUUGAUCCAUCUAAACCCACAAUAUGGAUUUCAUAUAUCGAUGCAAAUAAUCUUUACGGCUGGGCUAUGAGUCAGUAUUUGCUUAUUGGAAAUUAUAAAUGGGAGGUAAGUCAUAAAUAUCUUAAGGAUAAUCCAAAUGAGCAAAAAAAAUAUUUUGAAAAGAUUCUUAAUACUAAAGCAGAUGCUAAAAGAGAAUAUUUUCUAAAGAUUAAUACACAUUUUUCUCUAAAAACUCAUGACUAUUUAAGCGAUUUAUCCCCAGCUGUAGAGAAUAUAGCUGUAAGUAAAGAUAUGUUGUGUCCUUAUACUACAGAGCUUGUAGAUAACUUAGAUAGUAGACGUUUCUCAGCUACAGAAAAAUUAGUACCUCAUCUUGUUUUUAAUACAGAAAAGCAACAAGGUGCUAAAAAUGCUUUUGAAAAAGAUUUCUUUAAGCUCAUGAAUAACUCAGUAUAUGGCAAAACUAUGGAAAAUAUUCGCAAAUACCAAGACGUCAAGCUCAUGGCUAUGAAUAAUGAGCAAGACGAAAAGAAAUUUAUUAAUCAGAUCCGUAAACCCUCUUUUAAAUAUGCUAAACAGCUUGGAAAUACACUUGUUGGAGCACAUAUGGGAAAAGCUAGUGUAACUCUUAACAAGCCUAUUAUUGUCGGAGCAUCAGUUCUUGGCCUUAGCAAACUUUUAAUAUAUCACUUCUGGUAUAGAUAUGUAAAAGAAAGAUAUGGUGAUAAAGCCCAGCUUGGAUAUAAGGAUACAGACUCAUAUUUAUUUCAAGUUAAGACUAAGGAUAUCUAUAAGGACAUGGCUGAGCGACCAGACCUUUUUGAUCUUAAUGAUUCUAAAACUAUUGGGCUUUUUAAAGAUGAGACUCCAGGCAAUGUGAUUACAGAAUCUUAUCAUAUUCGGGCUAAAUCAUAUCAUUAUGUCUUAGCAGAUAAGUCUACAAAGUCUAAGCAUAAGGGGGUUAGUAAAAAAGGCAUAAAUGAAAUGGCCACAAAUUUAUACAUGCCAGUUUUAGAAGGGUCCUUGCUAGAUGAUCCGAUAGAUAGAUCAUUAUUAUCAGAGCAAGAAGCUAUGCAAACUGAGAAGGCUCUUUGCCCUAUAGAUACUAAGCGUUGGAUAUUAUCUGAUAAAAUAACUAGUUUGCCAUAUUGGCAUUGGUGUAUACAAGCAUAUAAAAAUUUUGUAUCAAAUGAAAUAUCUUCAGAGUUGGCUGAACAAAGAGCUUUAAGUGUUAAGCUCUCAAAGAG